AUGGAUAUAGCAACAGGUCCCGAGUCGCUGGAGAGGUGCUUCCCUCGCGGGCAGACGGACUGCGCCAAGAUGUUGGACGGCAUCAAGAUGGAGGAGCACGCCCUGCGCCCCGGGCCCGCCACCCUGGGGGUGCUGCUGGGCUCCGACUGCCCGCAUCCCGCCGUCUGCGAGGGCUGCCAGCGGCCCAUCUCCGACCGCUUCCUGAUGCGAGUCAACGAGUCGUCCUGGCACGAGGAGUGUUUGCAGUGCGCGGCAUGUCAGCAAGCCCUCACCACCAGCUGCUACUUCCGGGAUCGGAAACUGUACUGCAAACAAGACUACCAACAGCUCUUCGCGGCAAAAUGCAGCGGCUGCAUGGAGAAGAUCGCGCCUACCGAGUUUGUGAUGCGGGCGCUCGAGUGUGUGUACCACUUGGGCUGUUUCUGCUGCUGUGUGUGCGAGAGGCAGCUGCGAAAGGGUGAUGAAUUCGUGCUCAAGGAGGGCCAGCUGCUGUGCAAAGGGGACUACGAGAAGGAGAAAGAUCUUCUCAGCUCCGUGAGCCCCGACGAGUCCGACUCUGUGAAGAGUGAGGACGAAGAUGGAGACAUGAAGCCGGCAAAGGGGCAGGGCAGCCAGAGUAAGGGCAGUGGAGACGAUGGGAAGGACCCGAGAAGGCCCAAACGGCCCCGGACCAUCCUCACCACGCAGCAGCGAAGAGCCUUCAAGGCUUCUUUUGAGGUCUCCUCCAAGCCCUGUCGGAAGGUCCGAGAGACACUGGCGGCAGAGACAGGUCUCAGCGUGCGUGUGGUCCAGGUCUGGUUUCAGAACCAAAGAGCAAAGAUGAAGAAGCUGGCCCGGAGGCACCAGCAACAGCAGGAACAGCAGAACUCCCAGCGGCUGGGCCAAGGGUGGUCAGGAUCGGGAAGGGGGGUCAGGAUCGGGAAGGAGGUCCUGUCAAGCCGCAUGGAGGGCAUGAUGGCCUCCUACACGCCACUGGCCCCUCCGCAGCAACAGAUCGUGGCCAUGGAGCAGAGCCCCUACGGAAGCAGCGACCCCUUCCAACAGGGCCUCACGCCGCCCCAAAUGCCAGGGAACGACUCCAUCUUCCACGAUAUCGAUAGCGAUACCUCCCUCACCAGCCUCAGCGACUGCUUCCUCGGCUCCUCGGACGUGGGCUCCCUGCAGGCCCGCGUGGGGAACCCCAUCGACCGGCUCUACUCCAUGCAGAGCUCCUACUUUGCCUCCUGA